GGCAAUUUGUGACAAAAAGGUGCUAACCAAGUCUUUUUCUGUCCUCCUGCUGCCAGGGUCCUCGACGGACCGGUUUCUUUUUAUCCACAGCUUGCAAGCUGCUCUUCGUUACAGUAUUCUCUCUGGACAGGUUCCCUUAUUGUCGCCAUGGACAACGGUCGCCGUACUCCUUCACUUCAUCUCAUCUCUACCUCUCAUCCUGCUCGCCCUCUCUCAACCUCUCCUUCUUCAUAUCGUCCAUCACAAUCCCCGUUUCGUUACGUCCAAUUUGACGACCGCAGAAUAGACGAGAAAGAUCACCAAGAGACACCUUCAUUAGAGCUCUCUGCACCAGCAUCGUCAACAAGUCACCGACCCCAAUUACUGUCCACUAAUGGUCAACGAACACCGGUAUCUGCAAUUGCAGGUUACCCUUCACAUAUACUAUCGCAGCCUUCGCCGCUGUUAAUACGUUCCUCAUCCUCGCCAGUGCAAUCGUAUUCGCAUCUUCGAAUGCUCCGCUUAAUGCACCUAAUACGUCCGUGGAUACCUGUAAUCAUGUAUGGUCUCACCAGUCUCGGCUUUCUGGUCACUAUCGCAUUCUUCAAGACGGAAUUAUUCACUUUUUUGGACGAGCUUUCUGGAUGGCUUAGGAAAGAAAAGGAAUAUGGAUAUGCCCUUUUGUUCCUCUUGAUCUUCAUCACCACUUUCCCUCCCAUGCCGCUGUAUUCCACCCUCAUAAUUCUCUCUGGCUAUACAUUUGGUCCAUGGAUAGGCGCCACCAUAUCGUAUUUAGCCGCCCUAACAGGCGCUCUUACCGUUUUCAUAGUAUCCAGGACUCUCCUUCGGCGCCAGAUAUCGGACUGGUUAGACAACGCGUGCUCUAUGAAACGCGUUGUUUGCGCCAUCGAAAAACGGCCCAAACUCCUCUUUCUGAUACGACUGGCUCCCUACCCUUACAACGUCAUGAAUUGCCUUUUAGCGGCAGCUCCAUCCCUCACGCUACGAACAUUUACGGUAUGCACGGCAAUGUCGCUAUUCAAGGUCAUCAUCCAUACAAGUCUAGGUGCAUCAAUCCAUUCAUUCAAGGAUUAUCACGUGUCCAAUGGUAGUGGAGUCAACUCCACAACUCCAGCUAGACCAGGUUCAAAUUCAGGCACUUUUGAACAAGACGCCACCGGAGCAGGCGAUGUAGCACGGAUAUGGACUAUUGGAGGCGUGGUACUAUGCGUCUCUAUUCUCGUCUAUCUCUCUUAUGUCGCAAGAAAGGCUAUCAACGAAGAGCUUGAAGGGCAAGACCCUUGCACGGACGAGGAGACCGUCGCGUUCCUUUCUCCAGUAGGGGAGAGUGAUCUGGAGCUGGGUUUGAGUAGUAGCACUGAACGGAUGACUGAGACGCCGUUCCGUUCACAACAACCGUUGACAUCGACAGUCAGCGUGUCAUCUGCUUAUGCAUGACGUUCCCCUUAGGCGUGUCGGUUGUCAAUUUUCAGUGAUUUCAUAUUGCAUUCUGCAUUUUGCAUAGGCCUCUGCAUCAAUCGACAUGGACUCUCACUCAUUGUUCAUAUUUAAUCAGUGGACGCUAUUUUUGUUUGCUUCGUUCUUCGCUUAUGCCGUUUCGCCUAUUCUAAUCUGUAAUAUUGACGCCGCUCGCUGACACUCGUUUCGUUCUAUUUCCAAAACCUCACUACCCUUUUUUUUUCUUUCGCUCAAGUUCAAGUCAUGUAUAGAUAUCUCUACCUAGCUCUGAUUCUGCCCUGUGAAGACCUCGGUAGGGCCUAAGGGUUCCGAGAGGCCGCGUCACCUCGUUGUACUCUUGAUGAAAGAGCGCCAUUGGCCAC